GCAAGCGAUCAUACGAAGUAAACAUGGACGCGGGGCUGGGUAUUCCAUCUAUGAACCAGCUCUCCGCUGGACAUACUGCAGUGUAUGAAGCAUACUUUAGACAAGCUGAUGUAAAAUUAAACUGCAAAAUUGCUGCAAGUGAUGCUGCAUUAUUCCUGAAAAGAUCAAAUCUAAAAGAAGGAGUUCUACACAAGAUAUGGGAACUGAGUGAUCCAAAUGGCACUGGAUUUCUGGAUAAACAUAGAUUCUUUCUGGCAUUACGUCUCAUUUCCUUAGCCCAAAAUGGUAAAGAAGUCUCCAUUGCGAAUCUUUCAUUGUUGGUGCCUGCGCCCAAUCUGGGAGAUAUUCCACACUCUACUGUCCCACCUCCUUUGGAUUCCACUGCCUGGUCUGUAAAACCAGCAGAGAAAACAAAAUAUGAUACUAUAUUUGAGAAUUUAAAGCCAGUUAAUGGGUUUUUACCUGGGGAUAAAGUCAGACCAGUUCUAAUGAAUUCCAAGCUUCCACUGGAUGUUUUGGGUCGUGUCUGGGAGCUUUCUGAUAUUGAUAGAGAUGGCAUGUUAGAUGCUGAUGAGUUUGCUGUGGCAAUGCACCUGGUUUACAGAGCAUUAGAAGGUGAAAUAAUACCAUUAACUCUUCCUGGACGAAUAGUACCACCAUCAAAGAGAAAACUUAAAAACCCCUCCUCUACACCUCAGUCACCGUCACUGAAAAAUAUUUCUCUACCAACAAUUUCUCCCGUCCCAGCAAUGGCAAGUAAAGAUUCACAGACAUGGGUUGUUUCAAGUGCUGACAAGAUCAAAUUUGACGCGAUCUUCAAGACAGUUGACAAAGAUGCUGAUGGUCUUGUAUCCGGUGAGGAAGUUAAAGAUGUUUUCAUGCAUUCUGGUCUUCCACAGCCUAUUCUUGCUCAUGUUUGGGGUCUUUGUGACUUCAAGAACAGUGGCAUGCUCAAUGCCGAGCAGUUCAUCUUGGCUAUGCAUUUUCUUCAACAAAAAGUCAAAGGAGUUGAAGUACCAAAAGCUCUGACACCAGAAAUGAUUCCACCAUCAAUGAGAGGAAGCCUAACACCGAUUACAACAUCAACAGAAGAUAAGGAUGGUUUGUCUCUAAAAAUGACUUCAUCAUUAGGAGAUUUUACAGCUGUUAAGGAACUGGACAAAAUUACUAAAGACAUUGAAGAACUUGGAAGAGAAAAAAUGACAUUACAACGUGAAAUAAACGAAACAGAAGACAUGAUUCGACAGAGAAAUACAGAGAUACAGAACCUACAGUCAGAUUUAGAAAAGAGAAAACUUAGCGUACAAGAAUUAGAACAACAGCGACAAGAAGCACAAAGUCAAUUAGAUGAGCUAGAUAAAGAAAAAGCUAAAUAUGAUGAGUUACUAGCAGAUAUAAAACAGAAAUGUCAGGAACAAACUAAAGUCAUAUCUGAUUUACAGACACAGAUUCAAAAUAAUCAAAAGUCAACGCUGGUGCAAGAGGAGGAACUAAGUGAAGCAAAGUUUGAACUGAACAAGAUUCGUGAAGAGGAGGCUAAGCUAGAACAAGAAAUUCAGUCAAGUAAGGAUUAUUUAGAAACAGUACAAAAACAGUGCAAGUCAGUACAAAGUGAAAUAAUGAAGACUCGGUCCAAGAUUAGCACUCUCAAAGAGACAAACACCAGUCUACAAUCGCAGAUUGCACAUUAUAACUCCCUCAUGAAUAACACGUCAAGUAGCACACCCACGACAACCAACUCGCUUUUGAAUGACUUCUCGCCAUUAUCUGAUGGAUUUGACAUGACCCCUACCCCCUCGGAAACAGAUGCAAUGAGUGUCAGGGCCACUGCUGGUAGUAGUCCUGUCAGCAGUCUCAGUGGCUUUAGUGUAGGUUCUGGUCGAGUAGACGAAACUGUAGAUGACGAUUUCAAGGAAAAAGAAGCAAGCGAUGACUUUAAGGAUGGCGAUCCUUUCAAGGGGAAAGAGAACUUUUUCAGCUCGACUGAUAAUGAUUCCAGUGAUCCUUUCCAUUCUGACGACCCCUUCAAGUCCGAUCCGUUCCAUUACAAGAGUGUCUCUUUCGCUGAUCCCUUCACUUCAACAGAUCCUUUUGCGGGAGAAGAAGACUUGUUCAAAAAUGACCCCUUCAAAAGUGAAAUACCGACCUCAAAUGGCGGGACCACAGGACAAGGUGUGUCAAAUGGACUAUCAUCAUCCAAGUCUGACCCAUUUGGAGAUCCCUUUCAGAGUGCUUUUCCACCUUCUAAGGGCUCCAGCGAUAAUUUCUUUGCUUCAGACCCUUUCAAGCCUGUAACAUCAAAUGAUGAUUCCAACAAAACUCCAACCAAUCAGAAGAAGAGUUCUAGUAAUCAAGGUAAAGAUCCCUUUGGUGGUGACCCCUUUGGCUCCAAUGAUCCAUUUGCUGCUUCUUGAAUCUUCGUUUAUCAACAGAAAUUAAAUUGAUCACAAGAAUUAUUUGGCAUAAAUGAUAAUGCAACCAGAUAGACUGGUUUAUCAAGUUUGACCUGUUGAUUCAUCAAAUCGACUCAGCGCGCUAAGAAACCACGAUAAUGAUGCAUAGAGACAAGCAAACAGUAAAUACCGUUGUCAUGUAUUAACCCUGGCAACCAAACAAGGCAGGCAAAUAUAGUUGAGUUUUGAAUUAAAUUCAUAUAUAAUUUUAUGUAUAAUUUAGUACUGGGAAAGCUUAAGCUUUAAUUACUAUACUCAAAAUAUGAUAAAAUAAGCAUAAAUAUUUUACUUAAAUCUAAUAUUAACUAUUCUAAAUUUUCAUCUUGCUUAAAAAUGAAAAAGGUGGAGAGUCCAAAAAAAACAUGUCAUUUUUGUUUUAAAUUGUGUUUUCAGUUUGAAGAAACACAAACACUGCAUAUUUGAAUGUGCAGCACUUAAUUGCCGUGUAGCUUAGCAUAACAAGUUCAUAGGCCUUCUCUGGGGUGACGAACGUAAUGCAUUCUGGUCAUGUUCAUCAUCAUGACAUGAUGUAUGUAUGUCAUUUGUACUGAGCCAAGAAAAUAAGACUUUAUUUGCCUAUCUCAGAAAAUGCCUGUCUCAUUGUUCACAUUAGUUCACGUUCACGCAGCUCACAUUCACGAACGUGUUUUCAAAUCACAAUUACAAUGGUAGUUUUUAUAUUUUCUAUUUUUUUAAUGUUCUUUUUUUUUUUUUUUUUUUUUUUUU